AUGCCACCGGCCGCCUGCUCGCUCGGGCACCGGUUCCGCGACACCCUGCCCGCGAUACUGUGGAUCGGGCUGCUGUGGAGCAGCAGCGUCUCGGCAGCAGAUAAAGAAGUUCCCACAGCUGUCCCCUUUACCCCGUCCCCUGUGGUGACACCGAGGAGCACAAAGGAAAACAGCCCCAAAGCCAAAAGCUCCAGUGCCGUGGUUGGAGGUUUUCUGCAUUCAGUGCUUGCUCAAAACGGACGACUUGUCUCCCAGAAAGGGGCGACCCUCCCGUCUGCCCUGCCAAAGAACCUGCUCCCCCUUCUGGGCAGAGGACUCAGCAUCAGCUCCCUCCCUGGAAGUCACUCCCUGGAGCAUCAGGGCGGGGGAUUACUAAGGAGGGUAAAACCCCCAGCAUCAGCUGCAGUGUCAGGCCAAGGCAGCGAUCCAACCCAGCCUGCUCCGACAGACACACACUCCCCUCUGCCUCACACACAGACACACACUCCAGAUGAAGAAGCUGAGAUCACCACUGUGGCCAGGAUGGUGGACGAGGACACUGAGGAUGUGGACACCGAUACAGGCACACUUUCAUCAGCUGUGCAGAGCUGCAUGGUGAAUUUGUCCGACCCGGAGGGAUACAUAGACUCCUUGGACGACCCCCCUCUGCCUGAUGGUACCUUCUUCCACUGCACCUACACUGUGACCGUGUACACCGGCUAUGGAGUGGAGCUGCAGGUGAAGAGUGUGAACCUGUCGGAGGGUGAGCACCUCUCUAUCAGGGGUGUAGAUGAACGAGGGUCCCUGCUGAUCCUGGCCAAUCAUACGCUGCUGGUCGAAGGUCAGGUGAUCCACAGUCCCACCAACACUCUGUCCGUCUACUACCGCUCUGGACCGGAGGGAAGCAUGGGCAUCUUCCAGCUGCACUAUCAGAUCUUCAGGCUGAGCUGUUCCCUGCCGAAGAGGCCUCAUUUUGGGGAGGUGUCUGUGCUGGACUUGCUCCCUGGAGGCAAUGCCCGUUUUCACUGCCAUAUGGGGUACCACCUCCAGGGGGAGGCCUUGCUCACCUGCCUCAAUGCCUCCCUGCCCGUGUGGAGCGGCAAGGAACCCAGCUGCAGAGCUCUUUGUGGAGGGACAGUGAAGAAUGCCACAGUGGGGAGGGUAUUGUCCCCUUCUCCCCACCAUGGGCCAAACGCCACCCAGGACUCUUCCUGCUCCUGGUCCCUGGAGGCACCUAAGGGCCAGAGGCUGCACCUGCACCUCGAGAGACUGGCCUUGGGAUCCACUGACAGGCUGGUGUUGUGGAGCGGGCUGGACGCCGGCUCUGUGGUGCUGUUCGAUUCAGGGCGCGGUGGACAGAUACCCUUUGAAGGAGUGAUCAGUGAGGGUCCAGCCGUGAGGGUCCAGUUCAUCACUGAUCAGCCUAACCUCAACACAGGAUUCAACAUCCGCUAUGAAGCUUUUGAGCGUGGCCACUGCUAUGAGCCGUACCUCCAGAAUGGAAACUUCACCACCUCUGACCCUUUGUACGGGGUUGGAGCUGUGGUUCAGUUUACGUGUGACGCAGGCCACUCGCUGGAACAAGGCCCCCCUGUUAUUGAGUGCAUCAGUGCCAGGGAUCCAUACUGGAAUGACACAGAGCCGAUUUGCAAAGCACAGUGUGGAGGAGACCUGACUGGUCCAGGGGGCGUGAUUCUGUCUCCAAACUGGCCAGAGUGGUACGGAGAGGGGGAGGACUGCAGCUGGAGGAUACAUGUCGGGGAGGACAAACGGGUGCUGCUUGAUGUACAACUACUUAACAUCAGCGACAGUGACAUGUUGACAAUCACUGAUGGCGAUGAAGUAACCACACGUAUCCUUGGGCGGUACGUGGGAGGAAGCAGCCCCUUCAAGCUCUCCUCCACCACCCCUGACCUUACUGUCACCUUCCACUCCGACCCGGCGGGGCUCGUCUUUGGCAAGGGCGAGGGCUUCAUCAUCAACUACAUGGAGGUGUCCCGAAACGACUCCUGUCCAGACCUACCUGAGAUCCAGAACGGCUGGAAGACAACAUCCCAUGUUGCACUGGUGCGGGGGGCUCACAUCACCUACCAGUGUGACCCUGGAUAUGACCUGGUGGGACGGGAGACCCUCAACUGCCAGCUAGACCUCUCCUGGAGCUCACAGCCCCCGUUCUGUGAAAAGAUCAUGUACUGCUCAGAUCCUGGCCACGUGGAGCACUCCACCAGGUCUCUGUCAGAUCCUAAACUUCUGGUGGGAACAACCAUUCAGUACAGCUGCAAUCCUGGCUUCAUCCUACAGGGCGGCGCCACCAUUACUUGCUAUGGCCGUGAGCCGGGGACUCCUGUCUGGACAUCUCGACUCCCUCACUGUGUCUCUGAGGAUUCUGUUUCCUGUGAAAAUCCUGGUCUCCCUGACAACGGCUACCAGAUCCUGUCCAAGAGGCUCUACCUGCCCGGCGAGUCGCUAACCUUUGUCUGUUACCAAGGUUACGAGCUCAUUGGAGAAGUUGCAAUUAAAUGCAUCCUGGGAAACCCGUCCUUCUGGAGCGGCCCUCUUCCACUCUGCAGGGCCAACCAUGACUGCUUUGGCAACCAUGCUUUGGAAGUUGCAGAGGCGACCGCAGGCUCCACUCUGGAUGGAGGGAACAUUGCACUGGCCGUCUUCAUCCUGGUCCUUCUGUUGUCUGUGCUGCUGGGAGGAGCCUACAUCUAUGUCACACGGUGCAGGUAUCACUCCAACCUAAGGCUGCCACUUAUCUACCCCCACCCUUACCGACAGAUCACUGUAGAGACAGAAUUUGACAACCCUCUCUACGAGACAGGAGGGCAGGACACUCGUGAAUAUGAAGUAUCGAUAUGAGAAGCCUCAAAAAAGACAUUUCUGACUCAAGACCGACCGCCUCGUCCGAACUCCUCAUCCUCUCCUCCCUCCUUCUCAGCCCAGGAGGAGGCGAUGUAAAUACAAAUAGAUGAUGUCCAGCCCCUUCUGCCAUGAGAUGCAGUGAUCGAUCCUGCUCUCUCCUCCUUUGACACAAUGGUUUCUGACGACAUGGUGGGAUAUAGGAGGGGAAACAUGGAACGGGAGAGGAGAUAGACGGGUUAUUAACAAACCCAUGUGCAUCAGUGUUUCUGGGAGAUGAUGGGAGAUGUAAGAUGGAGAGAAAAAACCUAAAGAAAGUCAAAGAACAUCGAACAUGAUGAGGAAAAGGGAGAUGAUGUUUAUGAGAUGGGACAGAAAAGGAGUUAAGGAGGGGAGAAGGGGAAGGAUUCUGGGACAGGAUACUGUGUAAGGAAUGUGGACUGAAGGUAUUCAAGCCCUUUUUAGUAUUAUUAUUUUUAUCAAAAGGUAGUGAAUGUUUUAGCUACAUUUCCAGAUUAUCGACAAAAAAGGAUGUUAAUGCGUGAUUCCAUACCCUCACUACUACAGCUGAGCUGCUAAUGUAGGGAACAUUUCCUACUGUGUCACAUUAAAAACAGUCAAUGGGCCAAACAAAGGGUGAAUUUUAUUGUGAAGCAGUCACAGGAAAUGCAUGGUGUGUGACUGUGAUCGUUCAAUAUUUUUGGCUGGAUUGCUACAGCGAGGGUCAUUGUCUGUGAGCGCCUGGUCAAUCUUGGGAAUUGUCCACUUUAAGUGUCUUGGGGAUAUAUCAACAGGAAGAAUGGAUGAGACAGACUUCAUUUUUUUUUUAAUAUAACCACACAGGAGUCAGUUGUUCUUACCACAAAAUUACAAUAACAGGGAGGAAAUAAUGGUGAGUGGCUGCCUUGUGCCCCUCCUAAUCAGUCCAACACAGGACGUCUGUCUCCUGUCCCAGAACUCCUCCUGCCUGCAGUCACCUUCAAGGCUUUUUACUCCAGCCGCUCCACUUCUGACUUUAGCUGUAGUAAAUGGUAUUUAAAUCUAUGACUUCAGG